UGCAUUUAAAACUUCAGCAGGAAACUUGCAGUAGUCUCCAAGCAGGAAUAGAUUUGUAAUAAUGGGUUGUAAUCAGCCUUCCUUCUAAGGAAAAGCUGAGAACCUUCUCAUUUUACCUCAUGAAAAGUAAGCUAUGAGGCAACUUUUGGCAAACAUCUAUUAACUGGGUGAAAUGGGCCUCUCGCCCGAGAUUUUACUGCAGCUGCGUCUCUCCAGCACAACCAGCUCUUUCCUCUGCAGCUGAUUGGCUCUGGAAUGUGGCCAGAAACCUACUUCCUGCAAUUAAAGGAGUCAGGCCUCUAACUGCUGAUCUGUUUUCUUCUCUUCUGAGUGAUGGCGCUGACCAUUUUUAUCCUCCGGCUGGCCGUCUGCAUCCUGGCAUUUCCCGUGUACCUGCUGGACUUCCUGGGCCUGUGGAACUGGAUAUGCAAAAAAUCGCUCCCCUACUUCUUGGCAAGGUUUACUGUGAUGUACAACGAACGGAUGGCGAGCAAGAAGCAGGAGCUCUUCAGCAAUCUACAGGAGUUCGCAGGCCCCUCCGGGAAGCUCUCCCUGCUGGAGCUGGGCUGCGGCACAGGGCCCAACUUCAAGUUCUACCCGCCUGGAUGCCGGGUGACCUGUAUUGAUCCCAACCCCAACUUUGAGAAGUUCUUGAUCAAGAGCAUUGCUGAGAACCGACACCUGCAGUUUGAGCCCUUCCUGGUGGCUGCCGGGGAGGACCUGCACCAGGUGGCCGACGACUCCAUGGAUGUGGUGGUCUGCACACUGGUCCUGUGCUCCGUGAAGAACCAGGAGCGGAUCCUCCAGGAAGUGUGCAGGGUGCUGAGGCCGGGAGGAGCUUUUUAUUUCAUGGAGCAUGUAGCAGCUAAGCCUUCAACCUGGAAUUACUUCUGGCAACAGGUCCUGACUCCUGUCUGGUACCUUCUGUUUGAUGGAUGCAACCUGACCAGAGAGAGCUGGAAGGCCCUGGAGUGGGCCCGCUUCUCCAAGCUGAAGCUGCAGCACUUACAGGCCCCCCUGUCCUGGGAGCUCCUGCGCCCUCACAUCUACGGAUAUGCUGUGAAAUAGAAGUUGAAACCUGAA